GCCGCCGCGGUCGUCGUCCUUCCAGGCAAUCGCGCCAUCGUCGUGCGUAGCUGACAACGGUGCCUAAAAGCUGCCCGCCAUGCAGCUCCUUCGCUGCCUUUUCUCUGUCCUCCUUGCAAAUGCCGUUCUAGCAGCGUUACCACUAGUCGAUUUUGACCGUAUGGGCAAGGUCGGUCUUGUAGGCACUUUUGCUGGUCUCGACUUUUUUCAAAACUCUUCCUCGACGCUCGACGCAUCCACCGCUACCCUACUUUCCCGUUCUGACAACGGCGAGCUAUCUAUCCUCGCUGCCACCAAUACAGGUGGCCGCAUCGUGGCCGGCUGCGUGCUAGACGACGUUUUCUAUUUCGGGGGUCUAUUCUCAUCCAUCGGCUCAACGUCUGCAGUCAACGUCGCGUCAUAUACUGCCUCAUCUGACCAAUUCGCUGCUCUGGGUAGCAACGGACCCAACGGCGAGAUCGACGCGGUGUUCUGUGAUGACAAGAACAAGAAGCUGUGGGCGGGAGGAUCGUUUACAUCCCCAGGCUCCUCUAUCGCUGUUUGGGAUCCGAGUACAAGCUCGUGGUCGGCGCCUCCGUUCAAGGGCGUCACAGGUGCUAACGCCAAGGUCCUUUCAAUUACCACCAACUCGUCCGAGUCCAGUCUUUUCUUUUCCGGCUCCUUCAUUACAUCUUUUCAAGGCAAUGGAACCACUAUCAACAGUACAAAUAAUCCAAAUGUUCCCUUCUCGGCGGGAGCCACUCCUUUUUCCUCAUCUCUCGUUCCCAUUCCUCUCCAGAAUGCCGAGAUCGUCGCCUCUCCGUCAUCCACAGACGCUAAUUUCGGCAAUAUAUCGAAUAUUUUGUGUCCUGCAGGUGAGGAUGGUGCCGGAAAUACAUGGUUUGCGGCAGACCAGAAUACUGCUGUGAUCACUGCGCGGACUUUCUCGUACAUUACUGCCGAUGGUAUUCGUCUGGGGAAUACUUUCUUGGGUAAUCAUGGCACGACAGGAUUCAGUGUCACAACCAUCCCAGACAACACCGUGCGGACGCUACGCUAUCUAGAUCCUACGAUAAACGAGAACGUCACCUGCACUGAUCUAUGCCCUGCUGACUUUCUGUUCGAGGAAGACAGGUUGUCUAUCACUGGUGUAGAAGUCAAGUUAUCGGAAUGGACGGGUAAUGCACCUGGGCUCCAUAUUUUCCAACUGCUUUCAUCGGGAGCCUUUGCUUCUGCCGUUGAUUCCGAGAACAGUCAAUCAUGCUACGCCCCAAUUGCUUCUAACGCUACCCGCACAGGCGAUUGGCAAGUGAAGGUCGCCAACACAAAUAUUUCGGGAACCACCCAGUCUAUCCUAGUGUCGACGGUUGAAGUAGGAACUUCGGCGGCGAACGGACCAAGCAUGAAAUGGGUUCCAUAUGUAUCCGCUUCUGGCGAAUACGAGAUGAAUAUGCUGAUCCCUGGAUGCACCAACUUCCAAGACUGCGAUAUGCGCACUUCUGUUCAAGUCACUGUCUUCCCGGCUGAAGGUUUGGAACCUGUGGUGACGCAGGUUUCGCAGCAGAGCAACGACGACGCGGUUGUUCUUAUAUACAGUGGUCCGGUCAUCCCAUCAUCGUCGAAUUUUGUCACCACUGUGACUAUGACACUGUCUGAUAACCCGGCUGGCAGUGGUCAAGGAGGGCAGUACGAGUUGGUUGCGGAUCGCAUUGAGUUAGUUCUUACCUCUGCAAACAUCACCGCCAACUCCAGCAGUACCAGUUCAAGCACCAGUUCAUCAGCGUCGGGAACCAGGAACAGCUUCGGAUUCUUCGAAUGGCCUCUAGAUUCUGAAUCCACUAACGACGCAACUGCCACCCUUCCUAACUCAACAGAAACAUCUCUAGAGGGUGUUGGCUUCGAUAUUUAUUCUGCUGUUGGAAGUACUAGCAGCUUAACUUCUUCCAAUUCCGCAAUUGCUACCGUAGCUCAUCAUACCUCCGGUUUAUUCGUCGGCGGUAAUUUCACGCUGUCGUCUGGAAGUGCAUCAGGCGCUAGAAACAUAGCGGUGUAUAGAAAUUCGGAACUUCUGGGACUAAAUGGUGGAGGUUUAAAUGGUCCCGUAACGGCCUCCGUCUUGGUUGGGAACACCCUAUACGUGGGGGGAUCCUUCGAUGACACAAUAGCCACCGCUACGUCAGGGCUAUCUAACAUUGCUGCAUAUAAUGUUCAGGCAGACGAAUGGAGUCCUCUUGAAGGCGGCCUGAACGGCAAGGUUACUUCACUGGGGUAUUCGAAUGGCCAAGUCUUGAUUGCUGGCGAAUUCACCGAAGCGAUGUCCUCGCUUGGCGGUUCUAGCAGCAGCGUCGGUGGAUUUGCUGUUUGGGACAUUGCAAAGUCGUCAUGGGCCAAUAGCGGCGGCUUUAUUGUCGGGGAUCUAUCCUUCUUCGUGUCAGGAAACUGUGGCUGCCUCACGAAAGUACGCGAUAGUGAUACUCCAGGGGUACAACCGUUGGGCAUAGAGCUCGAUUCCAAUGUGAACAACACAUUGUCCUCUUCCCCUUCAGCGGCAUCCAAACGUCGCCGGGAACAUCACUCGAGAGCUUCUCCUUGGAUGCCUCAUGCUGUGUUCUCGCGGUUCUGGUCGCGACAGUCGUCUUCAUCCACCAAUCUGACGUCGUUACCCACACCCAUUUCAGCACCUGCACCAUCCGUUCUGGCCGGGGCCUUCUGGACGAAUAGUACGUCGUCCGUACAAGUUGCCAUCAUUGGUGGAAACUUUUCUUUCACCAAUGGAGGAACAGAAGCGUCUGCAGUCGCUAUUUACGAUUCCAAUUCUGGAUCUUUAAACGGGUUAAAGGGCUCCCAGAUCAAUGGCACAGUGCGAACCCUCCUUGUAGAUGGUGAUGUGCUCUAUAUAGGCGGUCAGUUUACGGUUUCAGGGAUCAGUGUCAAUGGUUUCGCCGUCUACAACCUAGCCAACCAGGAGUGGGACACUUCUGGUCUCCAAGGCUUCCAGGCAAGCUCCGGCUCCGUCGUUACCGUGUACUCUAUCACCACACCAUCGUCCAAGGAUAACACCAUCAUCGUAGCAGGUUCCUUUGCUCAGGCCGGAUCCCUACCUUGUCAAGGUAUAUGCUCUAUGGACACCACUUCCAAACAAUGGAACGCGUUGGGGCAGGGAAUUCAAGGCGAGGUGUCUUCUGUUUCAUAUGCUGGGGAUAACGAAGAGCUGCUGAUUGCGGCAGGCUCCAUUGCCCUCUCCGGCAACACAGAAGCCAACGUCGCGCUAUUCAGCUUCUCAAAUUCAACGUGGACAUCCAUCGGAUCUGGAGGUGACAUCCCAGGACCUGUCACCGCACUUGAAGUGAAUUCGGCGAAUUCGAGUAGCAUUUUUGCAGCCGGAAAAACUUCUGAUGGUGCCUCGUUUUUAACCUUCUGGAACGGCCAGACCUGGAAUAUUCUCUCCUCGACAUUUGAGAGCAGCACAGUUGUGACGCAGCUCACAAUGGUCCCUCUGCAAGAUACGCACUCCAGUUCGGGAAUAAUCGAAUCUGACCGUAUGCUCAUGAUAUCCGGUUCCUUGGACGAUUCCUCUUUUGGCAACGCAUCUUCUGCUCUAUACGAUGGACAAUCGUAUAUACCUUAUAUCGUAUCGUCAUCGAGCACAGGAUCUACGGGCGCUGUAGCGGCAUUAUUCCAUUCUUUUGCAUCAUUCAGCUUCACUCAACGUCAUUUCUUGGCCACUGGCGUUGUCAUCUUGAUAUCCAUUGCAAUCGCAGCCGGCGUUGUCUUUUUGUUGGCCCUGAUUGGAAUUCUGUGGACGCUUUUCUCUCGGCGCGAUGAAAAGCUCAAUAAAUUGGAUGUUGUCGACGACGACGACGAUUCAACACAUCAUCGACCUUCAUCCCUUCUUGAACAUAUCAAUGCAGCGACAAGAGCCACUGUGCUAGGAGGCGGCGCAUAUGACCACUACGAUGACAAGGAGGAGGAGAAAAUCCUGCGCGACGCACCAUCACCUUUACCAGAUGCGGAUCCUUUUGGUCCAGAUGAGAGUAACUAUCUGCGGGCAGAGACCCCCUCUGAUGCUGUGGGUGGACUCAUGGGUGAAGAUUCGAGUCGACCUGCGCACGCACGCUACUCCUUCGAUGGAGCAGGUGAGGGCGAGCUGCCUCUCUCAGCAGGUGCUGAGGUAGAGGUGCUAGAUGAUAGAGAUGCAGCUUGGUGGUAUGCGCGUGAUGUACGAACUGGUCAAGAAGGGGUAGUACCAGCUGCGUAUUUGUAUUAGCUCGCUCUUUGAUUUCUUUCCGAUCGUUUAUUUGUCGCUUGCAAUUGUUAUAUAUAAUAUACCCCAUCACGAUUUCUUUCUCAUAUUGACGGUCCACCAAAUUCGUUACCCAUAUUAUAGUAUCUACAGUCGUGUCGCUUUGGUUGUUUGGAGUGUAAUUGAGUCAAUGAUAAUAUCAUUAUGUUCAUGUCCGAACCAUUGAUCUGG